UCACACAGACGCGAGCGAACAGAUCGCGUGUGUGUUUCGGUGUCGCGCAGGAACUCAGCAGGAGCUCGACCUCGACAGACUGAGAGACCACCACCAUCAUCAAUAUCCUCAUCAUCCUCAUCCUCGGCGCGAGCUCCAGUUCAGCGCGCGUGAAGCCCAGCUGGCACUUCCUGGGGUGUAAGGGACUGCUGCUGUCACGAUGGACGCCCAAUCACAAGGCCAGCAGCCACAGGGGCCAGUGUUUCAGCCACAGAAAAUCCAACAGGAUGCGGGCUAUAACAGUUUAGCCAAUUUUCACAUUAUAAAGAAGAUCGGAAGGGGACAGUUCAGCGAGGUUUAUCGUGCUGCAUACAUACUAGACCAUACACCGGUAGCUUUGAAAAAAGUGCAGAUAUUCGACUUGAUGGAUGCCAAAGCUCGGCAAGAUUGCAUCAAAGAAAUAGAUCUCCUGAAGCAAUUGAACCACCCCAACGUAAUUAAAUACCACGCGUCAUUCAUUGAAGAGAACGAGCUAAAUAUAGUACUGGAACUCGCAGACGCCGGGGACCUCUCACAAAUGAUAAAGCAUUUCAAGAAACAAAGACGGCUGAUUCCUGAGAAGACGGUAUGGAAGUACUUUGUUCAGCUGUGUAGCGCACUGGAGCACAUGCACUCCCGCCGCGUCAUGCACAGAGACAUUAAACCCGCUAAUGUCUUCAUCACAGCCACUGGAGUGGUGAAACUGGGCGACUUAGGCUUGGGACGCUUCUUCAGUUCCAAAACAACUGCAGCUCAUUCUCUAGUGGGCACCCCAUAUUACAUGUCUCCCGAGCGAAUACACGAAAACGGAUAUAACUUCAAAUCUGACAUCUGGUCGCUAGGCUGUCUGCUCUAUGAGAUGGCCGCCCUGCAGAGUCCAUUCUACGGGGACAAAAUGAACCUCUACUCACUGUGUAAAAAGAUUGAGCAGUGUGACUACCCGCCACUACCGUCUGACCAUUACUCUGAGGAGCUGAGAAAACUGGUAGAUAUGUGCAUCAACCCCGACCCGGAGAAGAGGCCUGACAUCACCUACGUAUAUGGCAUCGCCAAACACAUGCACGCCUUGACGAUCGCAAACUGAGUCUUCCUCCCGAUUCUUCGUGCUUCUACUUUUAAGACCUUCGUCUGGCCCACAAAUGUCAUUUAAAGCUUGUUUUGCUCCAUCGUAAUGUAACCUGGCAUCUUUCAGUACAAAAAAUACAACAUACGGCACAAAGCAAGGCCUUUGGGUUACUAGAACUACAUCAAAAAGACAAAACCGACCUUUACAUAUAACACUUCUAAGAAGAAAAAGCAAAAAUAAGCAGUGUUGUAAACUGGUUCGACUUGAUUUUUGCUCUUUCCGAUGUUGGUCCCAUCAAUGAUUGCAUAUUUACCUCCAUUUGAUUUUUUUCUGUCACAAGCAUGAAAUGUAAAUCUGAUAUGCUUUUGUAAAUCCCACAACAGCUGUUCCAAGAACUUUUUCACAGCGAAACCUUAUGAGAAAAACAUCUCUAUAAAAAGAGAAUUAAAUUUUCCCUUAAAAAGCAACUUUAAAAAGCCUUUCGACAUUUCAGAGGUUUGUCGUUCUAUUUAAAGAGCAUGAGAUCAUAGUGCUCGCAGUUUCCAAGGACAAAAUAACUAGUCCAUAUCUAUACAUGUAUUCAAUCCAAGUAUCGCCUGUCCAGCACCUAAACAUUUAUUGAUAUACACCAUAGUAUUUUAAGCCCUAGACCUUUUAAAAUGCAUUGAAUCAUAGAUCAUGACAAUAUGUUUGCGUUCACCAGAUUUCAAGUAAUGCAUUCAGGAUGAAGUCCGUUUCUCAAAGGCGAAUCCUUCCCAGUAUCAGCACCUCUACGGCUGAUAAUUGAACUUUAAUAAAGAAUUAAUUCAAAGGCCUAACAUGCAAUGUAGUAACUUAUAAAUAGUCACACAUCUUUCAUAGUGCCUUGUUGCGUGUAUUUCAGAAAACUGUUCUUCCCGUAAACCGAAACCGAAUUUUGGUACAGAAUUGGCAGCAAUUGCGUCCUUCAAUCGGUUUACGACAACCGUGCAUCCUGAAAGAGGUACGUUUACAAAACGGUGCUACGUUCACCGAAACGUCUUGACCUCUUCCAGACAGUGCUGCUUUCCAGAAUGUGGCUUGUGAUCUUUGGCAGACUCGGUCUACUAUGAGUUCCUCAAGCGUAUGAAGUUAAACUAUCCACACAGCAGCACAUUUCACAGACAGUAUGAUUUGCUGUGAUAGUACCACGUAUAAAAUGGUAUGUUUUUGUAACUUUAGUCAUGAGCAUUUUUAGUGUUUACUGUUUUCUUUUUACUGUAUUUUGCGAUAAUCACCCUUUUCUUUCGUCUUUUGUUAACACAGAAACGGAUUACGCUUGUUGCCUUAUCGAUAAUAGUAUAUAUUUAUCUGGUAGAGGCACGCGAGGCCUGUUCCAGCCAGAUCUGGAUUCUUUACCUCGGUAAAGCACACAUGAAGCGGAAACUCACCGUCUGCCAGACUGUACUCUCUCUACUUUCACCCGAAUCAUUUGGGAGGGGAAGGAAAGGCAACUUUUUAUUUAUUUGUCUUUUUUGACGGUUUAUGUUUAACAUUCUAGAUGCACAUUCAUUCUUUAUAUGCUAACUGAAAUGAAAAUAAUAAAUCAAAUUAAAUGACGUUAA